UACAGUUACCCUAUUACAGAGUUCGGGGAGGCGGUGCUGUGGUCCGUCAGACUGUCCGGUAGAAGAAGAAAGCUUUGAGAACCGAGAAAUGAAGUGGGAAAAGACAAUUAUGAAGAAAACAAGUAAACAACUAAAGGAAUAAUGGAUUAACAUAGUGAAUGAUCAAUAUUCACUGACGACCAGCCCAGGAUGAGAUAAACUAAGAGCCCCUUUUAGGACUGGUAAACUCGUGGGCCUUGUGACAUCCUGCGAUUUUCCUGUCGUCACUGACCUGAAUAAAGGAAACCAAUUCCGGGAAGUUACCGGUGGCUUCCUUCGACGUUUCGGAGCAGAACCGGCCGUGAGACAGUGACAUCUGCUGACAGAUAUUGAACAUGACAGGAGUCUGUGGUUGCUGUGGGGCCCUAAGACCCCGUUACAAGAGACUUGUGGACAAUAUCUUUCCUGAAGACCCUGAGGACGGCCUUGUCAAAGCCAACAUGGAGAAGCUGACCUUCUACGCUCUCUCUGCCCCUGAGAAACUAGACCGCAUUGGAGCAUACCUCUCCGAGAGGCUGUCCCGAGAUGUGGCCAGGCAUCGAUAUGGGUAUGUCUGUAUUGCAAUGGAAGCUCUUGACCAGUUACUGAUGGCAUGUCAUUGUCAGAGCAUUAACCUCUUUGUUGAGAGCUUUCUGAAGAUGGUACGCAAGCUGCUGGAGGCAGAUAAACCCAACCUACAAAUACUGGGCACCAACUCGUUUGUGAAGUUUGCGAAUAUUGAAGAGGACACACCCUCUUACCACCGCAGCUAUGACUUCUUUGUGUCCCGUUUCAGCGAGAUGUGUCACUCCAGUUAUGAAGACCCUGAUAUUCGCAUAAAGAUACGCAUGGCUGGCAUCAAAGGUCUGCAGGGGGUGGUGAGGAAGACUGUCAAUGAUGAGCUGCAGGCCAACAUCUGGGACCCCCAGCACAUGGACAAGAUUGUCCCAUCGCUGCUCUUUAACCUGCAGCAGGGAGAGGGCACAGAGAGCCGCUCACCCUCACCCCUGCAGGCCACAGAGAAGGAGAAGGAAAGUCCAGCUGAACUGACUGAGCGCUGUUUCAGAGAGCUACUGGGCAGAGCUGCCUACGGCAACAUCAAGAAUGCCAUCAAGCCCGUCCUCAUGCACCUUGAUAAUCACUCCCUUUGGGAAGGGAAAACAUUCGCUGUUCGUUGCUUCAAAAUCAUCAUGUAUUCCAUUCAGUCCCAGCAUUCCCAUCUGGUCAUCCAGCAGCUUCUAGGUCACCUAGAUGCAAACAGCAAGAAUUCUGCCACUGUGCGAGCUGGGAUUGUGGAGGUGCUGUCAGAAGCAGCAGUUAUAGCUGCCAGUGGCUCUGUUGGCCCUACUGUACUGGAAGUGUUCAACACUCUGCUCCGACAGCUUCGCCUCAGUGUUGACUAUGAACUUACCGGAUCCUAUGACUCUUGUGUCAACAUUGGCUCCAAAAUCAUCAAGGAGCACGAGGAGCGACAGCUUCAGGAAGCAGUCAUCAAAACAAUAGGGUCUUUUGCCAACACUCUCCCCACAUACCAGAGAUCAGAGGUCAUGCUGUUCAUUAUGGGGAAGAUCCCUGUGCCUGGUGUCCACCCCUCACUAGGCUCAGCCAAUUCAGGGUUUGAAGGUAGCAGAAUGAUCCAAGUCAUGCUGCUAAAAUCACUAUUACAGGUGACCACAGGCUUCCAGACCACCAACAUGCUUACAGCUCUUCCCAGCUCCUUCCUGGACCCCCUGCUUUCCUUCACGCUCAUGGAGGAUGCAGAAAUACGAUUGCUGGUGUUGGAGAUCCUGGUCAGCCUCAUCGAUCGCCAUGAUAACUGUCCAAAGUUCUCCACAAUCAGCAUCAUAUCUGAUAUCUCCGUGCUGAAGCUGAAAGUGGACAAGUGUUCACGUCAGGACAACCUCUUCAUGAAAAAGCACUCGCAGCAGCUCUACAGACACAUCUACUUGGCCUGUAAGGAGGAGAACAGUGGGCGGCCGCACUUUGAGACUUUGUACACCCUCCUGGCACUCAUCAGCAUGGAGCUUGCCAAUGAGGAAGUAGUGGUGGACUUGAUCAGACUUGCCCUUGCCAUGCAGGACCUGGCUCUAAACAAUGAGGACAGUCUUCCAGUCUACAAUCGCUGUGCUGUCCAUGCCCUCUCUGCAGCUUACUUGAACCUCAUAUGUCAACUCACUACUGUCCCCGCCUUCUGUCAGCAUGUCCAUGAGGUAAUUGAAAUGCGUCAGAAGGAGACUCCUUACUUGCUGCCAGAGGAUGUGUUCGUUGAGAAACCCAGGAUCCCAAAGUUACUGGAUAAGCUGGAGGGAGAAGUCCUGUUUCUUCAAAGCAAAAUCACUGAAGUGCUGGGAGGCAGUGGGUACAACACAGACAGACUAGCCACGCCAUAUAUACCCCAGCUUACAGAUGAGGAUCGACUCUCGAAGAGAAAAAGCAUUGGGGAGACCAUCUCAUUGCAAGUUGAGGUGGAGUCCAGAAACAGCCCAGAGAAAGAGGAGAGAACUCCUGCAGAGGAGAUAACAUUUGAAACACUAAAGAAGGCCAUUGUGGACAGUGUAGGAAUGGAAGAACAGGAGAGGGAACGAAGAAGGCAGGUGGUAGAGAAGUUCCAAAAAGCCCCCUUUGAGGAAAUAGCUGCCCAUUGUGGUGCUCGGGCCACUUUAUUGCAAAGCAAACUGAAUCAGAUCUUUGAGAUUACCAUCAGGCCUCCUCCUAGCCCUUCAGGUACCAUCAGUGCUGGGUAUGGCCAGACACAGACUCGCUCGGUGCCAGUCUAUGAGAUGAAAUUCCCAGACCUCUGUGUGUACUAAAAGCCUUGACCAAUCAGUGGCCAUCUUUCCCAAAAGCCAGAAAUCCAAGAAGCAAGAUUUUUGGAUUUGCAGCACUACAGUCCAUCAAGGAAGUUCCUCCCUGUUUUGUGGUUCCUCUUGUAGAUAGGUGUUUCUUUAGUUGGGUUCACCUGGCAUGAAGCUCAUUCUCUAUUUGCACUGUGAAAUUUUUGGGACUGCAGUCACUGUCACACUGCUGCAUGUGAUAUAGUCAUGAUGUGAAACACUGUGUCCCUUGGUAAAAAAAAGGAUGAAAAUAUUUACAUGAAAGAAGAAUUACUGUCUGAAGCACUGAAAAAAAGACAUAACUGAUGUGAUGAAUUCUCUGACAUGGUCCAGAAACUAAAGUUCAGCAAUCCGUAUAUAUAAAUACCAGCCCUGGUUUUCAGCAUUUGGAAGUUUUAAUGUAAGCCUAUAGUAGAGAAAUAGGGCAAUUAGAACAUGUUUAUCCAAUGAUUUCCUGUUCAUUUUGUGUCUAUAAAGUCUAUAAGGAUGGGUACUUUGUACUCGCAAAGUCUUUUCAGGUGUAGAUUGUAAACUCACUAGUCAUGCCUAAAAUAUAUAGAGAUCAUUUUAACAUGUACUGUAAAUUUUAAGGACAUUUUAGAUACUGUGAAUGUUAUAAAAUCUAAGUAAUAGUACAUCUCCAAGUUGGCGUUAGCUACAAAGUUUAAUUUAAUUAUUUCUCUUUCAUUACAAUAACGUUUAUUGGUACAGCUCAGUAGAAAAGUCUUAAGUCUACUAAAAGGAUGGAUCCAAAGGUUGAUUUUUUACAGUACUCUAAUGUGUCACUUGGAAAGAAAGAAAAAUACAGUUGCAGUUGGAAUUGUAGAUCUGUCUUUUAUUUUUACACAUGAAAGAUGUGUCCAGUCCUAUAGAUGACUAAAUAUUAUUUAUAGAUUUUUAUAGAAGUAAUAUCUCAUAAUUCUGCAUACACACAGUCAUGCAAGGCCUUUACUUAGAUGUGCAAGAUAUGAAAAUUCCAUAAGAACUGUUUACUUGUACUAUGGGAUUCUGGAUUAGAAAUAUAUGUUGCAAUAAAGGUUUUGGAGUCUCUUUGGCACAAAUAUAAACUAAAUAUAUUUGAAUUUCUGCAUUUUUACUGUUUUCUAGAGUGAUAACAAAUACAAGCCUUUUAAAAGGGUUUGAAGAUGUACUUUAUAGAGAUAUUUAGAAUUUUCUCAGAUUUAUGAUACUCUGUUCUGUGGUUUAAUUUUGUUUUGUCUAAUCUACAUCUACAGUAAUGUAGAUUAUCAAAGGCCCUAACUUCAAGUGGUCUGCACUUCAAGAAUAUCUAUCAAUGUUUACGAAUGCUUAUAUAUAAAAAGAGAUGUUUUGUGUUGAGCAAAAUAUUUAAAAGAUUAAUUUCAUCUUCAUUAUUUUAAUUCAUUUAAAUCUUGUGUUCUUUGCCACCCUUUUAGUUUGUGCUUUUGAGCUCAACCUCCUCGAAAACCUUUAUACAAUAUAUUAUUCUUUACCAUAUCCAUAUGAAAUAUGUCACUGAAAUUGAGGCUUUCGAUGCUCAGCUGUGAUGAGAAGCUGGAUUUUGAUUUUUAAACAGUGUGAAAAGAUUUGGGGUCCUUGGAGGUAGAAUUGGAACAAAACUGGCAAUACUGAAGUACAGUGUAAAAGAAGCUCAACCUAACAGAAGAGCAAGAAUAUUGUUUUUUCUGAUGUGGUUGAGAAAGAUAUUAAUAUUGUUACGUAUCCUUUGGAUAAAUUAAUCCAAUGUUGAAACCCUCUUUUAGUACUAGGGUAUACUAACAGCAGGAGUCUGAGAAAAAACAAUUCUGAUAAAGUAUGACAUGUUCUUAACAUCUUUUCUGAUAUCCUGUGACAUUUUUUAUUCAUUCUUUAUAAAUCUCACUUUCCGUGAGAGCUUCAAAGAUUGAGACCCUGUUUGACUUCCUUUCUAGUACCGAAACAGUUUUAAUAUGGCAUCGCCCUUUAAUUAAGCUUGCAGAUGUGUCUGUAUAAUGUCUGUUUGUCCGUGUAAGUUUGCUGAGUCAAGCUUCUACACAGCAUACUGUACCUUGAAGAACCUGUGCUUGAUCUACACAUCAGCCAUAACCAAUCCUUUAACCAGUGGAUCAGAUCAACCCACUGGACAUGUCUUGAAUCAUUUUGCAUGUGCUUUUAUUCUUUUUCAUUUCCUUUGGGAACUAUGUGAGUUAAACUACUUUGUCAUUCCACAUUUCAUUGCUGACUGUCUUGGGGCUCUUCACUGUUGUUACUGAGGUUUGUGGUGUAUUUUGGACCUUUACAAUAUAAGUAAAACACUUUUCCCAUGGAACAGACAAUAUUUAAAAGUGAACCUUUCAUAAUAUGACUGAUGGACUAAUAGCAGCUAGUAACUACUACUUAUUAGACUGGAGCCACAGUAGAUGUUCUGUGGCUGGAGUAUAGCACAGUUAAUAAAGUCACAAAGCACCAUCUCAUAACGAUCCCCUUGGCAGUGACAAUUUAUGACUUUCAUGUCCCCAUGAAUUUGCUAUACACAUUUUUCACUUAAUAUUAAGCACCUUAGAAUGUAUUAUCAGAUAAGCUUAUAUAAUACCAGAAAAAAACAACCUUACCAGGGCUGCACAAAUCAAAAACUUCAACCAAAACAUGUCUGUUUCUCCAGAACACAAAAGUUUGGUAUUUAGAUCACAUCUUUUUUUUCAGUGCCAGACUAGUGACUCUGUGAAUGUGCCUCUGUUAACUCUUUUUUCUUUUGGCAAUGCUUGUAAGCCAAAGUGAACCCACAGUAUAUGAAGAGAGUUAAGGGGCCGGAGUUAUAAUUUAAAGAUUAUGAGCAAGACAAAAAGUUUGCAUAGUAAACAUUUUUUCUUAUGUAUUCAGUAGACACUGUACAUAAAUGUUACGGCACGUGGUUUUUACGUGUAGUUUUCGUGGUGUUUUGCAGUAAUUACAGGUAUGUUCACCAUCAUCUAAAUUUCUUUGUUUCACUUCAGUUAAGUUUCAUUUCUUGCAGGUUGUUUCAGUUGCAAAUGAUAUAAAUCUACUACUUUAGCUAAAUGGUGGAACUAAAGCAUAGUUAUAAAACCAAGAACAGAAGGCACUUCUUUAGGCAAAGGAUUGUACGAGUAUGGAACAUGUUAUCCAGCCAUAUUGUUGAGGCUAUUACCCUGGCACCUUUCAAGCAAUAGCUGGACAAUAACCUCAGAUAAAUUAGCAGUGAUCUCUACUUGGGUCGAAUGGACUUUUCUCAUUUAUAACUUUACUUAUGUUCUUAAAUCUAGUUUUAAAUUUCAAGAGACAUUUUCAGUCGCCUUAUUUUACCUCUUUACCUCUUUUACUUACACACUGCAGGGUGUUCAGUUAUUUCCUGUUCUUAUUUUAAAGACAUGUUUAACAGUAGCUAUUACCCUUUUCAGUAGGUUUGUGUCUAUGCAAGAGAAAGUGAUAUUUUAAAUACAAUAGUUACUAAUGUCUUGGAUCUGAUGUCCCCAGCACAUACUUGAAAACACCAAUUGGUUAACACCAGUGAAGCCUUGACAUUGUAAAUAAAUCCUCUUUUAUGUGUAAUGUUGAAUGAUAAUGUAUUUUUAAACUGAUUUUAAAUAAAACUAAUGAAUUCUAUGCUGGUUACCGACAUUUUGCACAUUUUAUGCAAAAAAAACCUGAGCACAGCCUGAUGUUUUAAUACACUAAAUGUUGCAUUUGUUUAAGAGAAUCAGUGCCAUGUAUAACAAAAUGACAAGAUUGUUGGAAAGAUUUUUUUCCCCAAAACAUGCAGCAUUGGCAAUGUUAGAUUUAUAGCAUGACAAAACUUAUUUUUUAACAAUAUGCACAGUAUGUCUUUCCAAUAUACAGUAUAUUUAAUUUGUAUCUGUGAUAGUUGUAAUGUUAGCAGGGGUCGGGUCUCACAUUGAUGCCCUAUUUCAGUACUGACUGUGCUGAAACAGAAGUGUUGUAUCGAAAUGCGAGGUAUCUUUUAAACAUGGGUCUACAUUAUUGUACUAUAUCUUAGGUCUACAUUAAUGCUAAUGGUUAAUAAUAAUAACUCUGACCUACAAGGUUUAAAGAGAGAGUAUUCUCCCUCUUGUGCUAAUUAGCCCCCCAAGACAAUUUAUUCUAUAAUUGUCAAGUAAUUUACUUUUAUUUCAAAGAUUUAUAAUUCCAUUAAUACUCUUUGGUUGUGAAAUAAUAUGCAAGAUUAAUAUGAGAAAGGGAAGUUUAAUUAAGAAUGAUUGAACAUAGUCUUUUUAGUUGUAUCUGCAGAAAAGGUACACAUUAUAUCCUGAAUUUAGCAAUGAAGGUAAUGUUAUGCAUCUUCCUUCAGUGUUUACAUAACAUUUUGUAUUAGUAUUCUUGUUUUAAAUGUUAUAUGAAAUGUAAUAUGAAAAGCAAUGUUGUCAUACCACCAUUUAAAACACCAUAUUUUCUAACAAUAUUUUUGUAACAUAUAAGGGUUUAGAGAAGUGAAAUCAUUGCAUGCAAGUUGAAUCAUUGAACUGAAUCAUAUUUUUUUAAUCGUAUUUUCAAUAUUUUUCCCGUUACUCACCGAAAAGAAAAUAAGCCGAAGUAAAAUUAGUUACCGUAAACUGUAAUGCCAAGAAAUAUUAAAUCAAUUGUAAAACUGAUGUCAUAUAAAGUAACAAAAGAUUGAAUUGUGGUUUUAACUUACACAUUUCUGCUGAAUGUGGCUGAACAAGGAGACGCUGGAGUACAGUUGGAUUUUUAGUAGCAUACAGUAGAACCGUAGAAAGGGUAUCACAUUUUCUGCAUGAUUGACGUAUGCUUUGACUCUGCUUUGCUUAUUUGCAAAACUACACUGUUUUGCCAUCAUUUCUGUUUUUCAGGCUCACUGUGAAAUGUGCUUACUUCUUACAUCAAAAACAUACCGCACUAUGGUAGGAGAAAGAGUGGUGAUGAAGUAUGCGUAGUGUAAACAGAUUACAGCUUCAUUUGACUAGAUUGAGGAAACCUAUAUGUCAGGUUUAGGUAAACUAUUGUUUCAAAAAGACUUAUAUUUCUUUCUGCUAUCUUACCACUGUUAUUGUUAAAAAUGUAUUUUGUUAAAUUUAAGACUGUACAUUAUUAAGAUAUGUAUACUUAUAUUAAUGACAGUUUCUGAAAGUGCUGUUCACUGACUGCAGUACAAUGUUUGUAGUAUGAUGUUUUGUUUGCUUAUUGUCCUGUAAUAUACAGUAGUCCCUUUUUGGAGUUUUUCAUUUUUGGAGUUUAUAAUGUACAGUAUAUAAGAAUGUACUGCUAUUCUGUUGUUACAGCUAUUACAGAUGUGAUUAUUUGAUUAUUUUUUAUACUUGGUUUCUGUAACUAAAAGUAGCAUCUACGUAUCUGUACAUCAGAGAACUGAAAGGAUGUGAUUUGUUUCCUCAAAAUCAGUAUGUCUUGCUUAUCUGCUUCUUUAGUUGUUAAAGUUGCACCUGCAGUUGAGAUUAAACUUAAUGCUCAACUUGUACAUUUUAAUAUUGUAAGUAAAAAUAAAAUACAUUUGUAGUUCUGGAAGGUGCACUACAUUGCUCCUUCUAAUCGUGUAGAGAUGUUAGUUAUGUAUGUGCUUGUCUGUGGCAGGGAAGUACAUUUACUGAACCAAACAAGCUGAAUAUACAGUACUGCUUUUACUGUUACUGUUGGUCUCAUUUUUAAGCAUGAAUAUUUACAGUCUUACAGUAACACUGAUGUACUACUAAGCAGCUAAGCUGAGAUCCUGGUUUAUCCAGGAUUUAAGGCUUUAAUUCUCACAACUCUUUGUUUUGCACUUCUCAUUUAAAGGUCAGAAUUCAAAUAUAUUGCCAUCAACUCUGGGUUAGGGUUAUACCCUGAACACAAACCAGAAGGCACCAGUGUAAAGUACAUCAUUUAAAUCAAAUCAUUUAAAUCAAACAACACAAGGCACUUCUUUAUUUUUAAGUGUUGUACAAGUAUCAAACAAGGAACAAAGCCUUGUAGCUGAGGCCGAUACCCUGGCCUCUUUCAAGAAAUAGCUGGAUAAGGUCCUGGGAUUAUUUAGCUUCUAAAUACCAAAUGAUUUAAAUGAGCCGAAAAGUCUCUUCUCAUUUCUUACCUGUUCUUACAUUUCUUAAACGUGUUGUCUCAGUUUAAAUUUAAAAAUAAAAAUCUAAAGUUGAAGAAGAAGUGAGAAAACACUAUAGGAAAUGUGUCCUAGGAACAAGGUGUAAUGUGUUUGAAAUAUAUCUGAAAAUAACAGAAAUACAGUUCCAGGGAAACAACAUUGACUUCAAGGUCAAGGUACAAUAGUCACACACUUACCAAUCACAUACUGUAUAACUCUUCAGUGCUAAAGUUAAUGUAGAAUUCCUCAGUGGCAUCAUUGUGUCAACAGAUGAAGAGAAACACUUUUUUGAUACAUUUCUGUUUAUAUGUUUUUUAUAGUUGAGAGAUGAUACACAAUAAGAUUUUGCCAUUCUUCACUGAAAAACAUCCAUUGCAGUUCAGUGCUUCUUUUGACUAUGUAAUUUGCUUGGGCAUAGAGAUGUUGUUAGUUCUGUAUUUAGAGGAGUAUAACCAACAUAGACAGUAAGAUAACAGUAUGAUCUUGAUACAUUUAGGUAAUGCUACCGUGAUGAAAAUAUAUAGUAACAGAACUGGAUUUUGGUUUUACUUCGUAUUAUUUUUCUGAGGUCAUAUUUAUUGGCUUUGUUGCAAUGAUAAAUGUAAGAGAUGCAAAACUAACUGUCAUUCUAUAUAUUUAAAAAAAACAUAACAUAUUUUUAUUACAAAGAUACACUAUGUUUUUAUGUUUCCUUCUUUUGUCAUUACGUCAUUCCAAGUAGAUAUUAUUGAGUAAGUUGUUGUCUUGUGCUGCAGCUCUCCAAUGUGGAAUUAUUGACCCCUCUUGUGUUCAGUGUUCCAUGGCAAUGCUGUGUCUCUGUGUAUUGCUUGUUCAGUUCCUUGGUGGUUACUGUUCUUUGUGAGACACUUGUACUGUGUUUGUCUAUUAAUGGUGGUGGAGUGUUGCCUUUUGAUAAGAAAUAAGCAAAUGCCCAGUGUGCGACAACAGGUAUGUUUUGCAGAUAAUUACUGUCUCCCGCUGAUCGAUGGAAUUUCUGUUCAUUGUGAAUGAACAUGAUGUGUAUUGUAUUGGUGUUAUAUGAAGAUGGGACACGUUAAUGAUUUUUAACCAUCCACUUUAAUGUGUGUUAUAUAUGUCUUCAAUGCUUAAUGGAAUUUUAAGUUUGAAUCUUUUUUCUAAAAACAAUCCUGUAGUUGGAAACCUCCAUACAGUAUGUUUGUAUCCCACCGGCCACAUACCGACAGGCUGUGCUGUGGGAUUGUAGUGGAAAAAGAGGACACUAUGUGUAGUCUUAAUCGAGGCUAGUGGAUUCAUGGGUUAAUGAAUGGGGAGGUUGUUGCAUAGAUCCCAACUGAAUACAAAUUCUGAAUUCUUGGGAACGAAAAGGUAUAAUUAAACGACAAAUAUUUUUUAAACAAUUAAGUGUAAAUGCCCUGCCCUUUGGUGUUCUCGUAUCUCAUGUGAUCCCCUCUUCCUUAUUAUAAUGAAAAAAAUAAUUGUGGAAAGCAGGUGAUUGUGUUAUAGACCUUUCCUGUGCUCUGUCAACUUGCCUGUACCUAAACCAUUGUUCGGCUGCGCUGCAGUUUACAGGCUGAACAUCAGCCAACACACUUUCUACUUCUUACGUGUGAUUGCUGUUUGAUCUCCUGUGCCAGAUGGACCAUAACUGUAAGAAACGUCUUUAGAAAAUGUGAACCUGUUAAAUACACAUGCUGUAAAGAAUAAAAAUGAUCCAUGAAUUAAAAUGG